AUGGGGUCUGCUGCCUCAGCCCUAAAAGAUGCGGAGCUCGUGACGCCUGAGCAGCUGAGAGCCGCAGUGAGCUCGCUCUCUACUGAAGAGCAUGCGAAGCUGAGUGCUGCUGUUGCACAGCUCCAUGCCUUGCCCACAGCAGACGCUGGCGCGACUGUAGUAGCCGCCGGUGAGAACGAGGAUGGUGCAGAUGAGGCUUUAGCAGCUGAGCUAGUGGAGCAGGAGAAGAUGUUCUUGAAGUGCUUGCGCAAGCGAGCUGAGAGAGAAGCCAAGAAAAAGUUAGAGAAAGAGGAAAGGAAGGUUGCAGCCAAGAAGCUUAUAGACAAAGCCAUGGAGGCAGCUUUCGACAAUGAGCUGGAUGACCUUUUAAAGCUGAUGGAUGAAGGCGUCGAGCCAGAAUCUUGCGAUGAACAUGGCACGACUCUGCUCUCCGAAGCUUGUGCUGGCAAUGCCCAAGACGUGGCCGAGAUGUUGAUUGGUGAGGGCUGCGAUCCCAAUUCAAUCGGCCGCUAUCGCCGCACUCCGCUUUGGCGGGCGGCUUAUGCGGGCAAUCACGAGCUUAUUCGUCAACUGCUCCGAUCAGGUGGCGAUCCGCGGGAGUGCGACGAGCAAGGGUCAAGGCCAAUUGAUGUGGCAAGCAAUGCCGAGUCACGUGAAUAUCUGGUUUGCUGGGACCCCGCGUCGACGGACCGCAUCAAAGAAGACAAGAGAAAAGCUGCAAAGAAUGCGGAGAAGGAAGAGAAGGCCAAGUUCAAGAGGCAACAGCAAGAGCUCGUGGACUCGCUAGAAGAAUCUGAGCGCCGAAUGCAGGUGUCGAAGAGUGAACUUGCCAGAGCUCGAAAACUCUUGGUUGACUACCGCCAGCAGAAAGUGUCCUUUGUUGAGCAGGGUGCUCAAGACAAGGUCGCGGAAUUGGAGCCGCUCCUUGAGUCAGCAGAAGCCCAGGUAAAGCUCUUCGAAGGAAGUGUGCAGGAAUGGGAGUGGAAGGCUUCCCGCGCGAGGUUGAAGAUGAAUGAUCUCGAACAGGCCAAGAAGGAGAAGGAAGCCAAAGCAGCUGGAAAGCUGAGAGGCUUCAAGGUCCAACUCAAUUGCUCCUCUUCGGAGGAGCUCGAAGGGUCUCUCCUGCCACGCUUGAGCCAAACCUUGGAGGUCACCGAAGACUUCGCCUGGGGCGACAUUGAUCUUGUCAAGGGGGAUGCACUCAUCAAGGAUGGGCCAUUCACCCAUCUGAAAACCAGUGAGUUCAACAAACACUUCCUACAAAGCUAUGGCAAGCCUUCUGAAGUAGAGGCUGAUGCGAAUCAGGCAGAAGAAGGAGCAGACAAGGAGGAGCCUUUUCCACUUGUCUUGAACUUCUCCAGAGGCUUCAACCGCACGGUUCCCAUCAAAGCCAUUGCGGAUGUGCUGCUGAAGGAUGUUGGUGGCCUGAGAGCAGAGGAUGGCCGGUGGCCGUUUGUCAUUGACCCCUCUGGUCGCACCUCCACUUUCAUCAAGUACUCGGGUGCCGCAGUCUUCAACAUAGUGGAGCUCAAGGACAUGGAGCCGCUUCGUCUGCGACGAGCUUUCUUGAACUCUCUGAUUCAUGGUGGCGCUCUCCUGAUUGAUCUUGGAAGUUUUGACACCAAGAUCGAUGUGGUGGCGGACAAGUUCAACGACCUGGAAAAGGGGCUCUUCGCCAAACUCCUCGACCGCGCAGUGCUGUAUGCAUACUUGCUCCCGCGGCGCUUUAAAAGCCUGAUUGUGAAGGAGAUUGCUCAAGAUUACCAGAUCAGUGCCUUCAUGGAUACGGCGCUGUCGAAGUUCGUGUUCGGCUUUGUGACCUCAUAUCGAGAUCCAGAUUUGGAUUUUGCCAAGCAGUCCGCCUCGUCGCGCCGGGGAGCGAAUUUGGACAUGUCGCCGGUGCUUCCAACUGGCCUGCCGUCCGCAGCCGAUGCCACCCCCGCCAACAACAUGGUCUUCUAUGGUGCGGCCCCUGCACCAAGUAGUUGCAGAGAGGCAGCUCUGGCUGCAGCAAAGCAGAGCUUGGUGGCGGGCCACGGCAUCAAGAAGCCUUCGAGAGUGGUACGGGCCAAGACACUUUCUCGCAUGGAUCGCAUCAGCCCGGAGCCCUCCGGAGCUUCAGGUGACAAUGACUUAGUGCUACAAGGCCACGACCCUCGAAGGAUGUUGAACAAUCGGGACGUUCGCCAGGCAAUCCCAGAGGUCUCGCCGAAUGCUGUGGAUGCGAGUCCAGAUGUGGCUCCCACCGCCCUCGGCGCCUUCCUGGGCUGGGCUCCCUUGCUCGUCAGUGGACAAGCUGCAAGUCCUUUCUGCCCUCCAGAGACUUCCGAAGCUCCGUGGGAGGAGGAAGAUUGGUCUGCCAGUGAGGCAGCCGGCAGCGAGGUCGACUUCGACUAUCGCCAGUAUAGGUAUCGGGAGGUGCUGGCUCGCAGGGCCGAGGCACCAGAAUCCGGAGUGCGACGAAAAGUUCGACGGGGGAAUCGUUCCGCAGCGAACGCGGAGGUGGUCUCUGACGAUGACGCUGUGAAUGCAUGGCCUCUCCAUUCUGACAACCAGCCCGAGACUUGUGUUGUUGCACCCUGCGGCCGGCUUCUUGCUGACGAAAACAACUUGGAUGUACCUUGUGAUGAGGAGCUCCAAAAGGUUGCCGGUGUUUUAGUUCAGUUUUAUGGCCUCCAUCACGACGCCAUCAGGUUCAAAGGGGCUGUCCCCAACGUGCUCUUUGUCUCGAAAAGUGCAUGGGCGUGCAGGCAACGCAGGGACAGCCAGGCGGAGGAACCGCCGGUUCUUUGGAUCAGAGGUGGACGAGUGUAUGACUUCCACGGUGACCGUGGCACCGUGGCAGAAUUCGAACAUGAUCUCCUUGUGCGCCAAGUGGAGGACGACGCAAUCUGCCGCCAAAGGCGUCAGAAGCAAGGGCUCAUGCCAUUUCCAUUCGCUGCUUUGCCCCUCAAAGACAAGGCAAGCGAGGAUGACGACGCAGAAGCUGUCGUUACCCGUGAUGUCCGUGACGUCCGAAGGCGGAUGUGA